AUGCCUUCCUCUAAGCCAGGGUCCUCUGGCAUUCGUAAAAUUCACCAAUUAAUCGAAAACAAAGGUUUCGAAUCCCUUAUCCCCUGCCUACGCUGCUCUUCCUUAGACAAGAUCUGUGUGUUCUCUGAGCGUUCGAAACAUUGCUCUGAGUAUAAUUGUGCAAAGGGUACUGUGCGGUGCGAGAUGCUGCGGGAGACUUUUACCGAUGCCGAGUGGCGUCGUCUCCUAAAGUCUCAAUCCUCCCUCGAUGCGGAGGAGGAGGCUUUAAUCAAGGCCCAAUAG